AUGAGCCCCGACGCAGACGCCAACGCCAGCCGGAGCCACUCGCACAAUCCCCUACUGGGGCCCGAUCACCCGCUCGUCUCGGAUCUGGAGCAAGAAGUGCUGGACGAGUAUGCGCGGCUGUCGCGGAAUGUGAACCAGCUCUCCGACAAACUCGCCGACCUCGCCGGCUCCCCCGCCUCCCUAACCCUCGACGGCCUCCGGCUCCUCGAGCGCAAGACUGCCACGGUGUGCACACUGCUCAAGGCGAGUGUGUACAGUAUCGUGUUGCAACAACAAAUCUGGAACGAGAACGAGGAACAGCAGCAGCAACAACAGCAACAGCAAGAACAUGAUGAGCAGGAGCGCCAGUUCCAGGAUCAGGAGUAUCAUACUCAUACUGGGGGUGCAUAUGACGGAGAUGGAGAUGUGACAUUCCAAUGA